AUAUUUUUGGGCAAUAUGGUUGAGAGUAGCACAAAAUUCUCUGGCAUUUGCAUUGCCAUUUAUUUGACAUAUGCGCUUUUUGUUUUCUUUAUAUUGCCCAUACUCUUGCCCGAUCCGCUGACCAUGUCGCGAACAAUACUCGCUCAACAGAUCAAUCAUCUGGGCAAUCUGACGGCCAAUACGCUGGAGGCCGGUGGACAACCGAAGCGCUCGAUAUUGGUUACAUUCAAGGGUUCGGGGGCAAUUAGUCUGCUGGAGUCCUUGACCCACGUGCCGGGCUGUUAUCAUCACUUUUCGCCUCUAAUUGCAUACAGGCGUCGUUUAACAAAAAAACCCCAGAUUGAGCAGGCUCUGGACGAGCUGAAGGCGCUCCUCAACUGCGAUUACAGUCGGUCGCAGUCUAUGCUGAACUUGGGCAUGAACACGCCAACGUUUCGAAAUUUCUAUGGGAUGCAGUGGAAGACGUGUUUAAUGUAUAGUCCGGAGGUGUGCUCGGAUCCGGAAACUUUGGCUAAGAUUUGCAGGAUUUUCCCAUUUCUAAACAUGUCGGUGUAUAACUUGAGUCUUCGGAAUUUAAGGGCAUUGCUAAACCAACAAGAUCUAAAUGUUCGAAUGCUACUCCUGCUUCGAGAUCCUCGUGCUAUAAUGGGAUUGCGGGCCAAUCGUCCAUGGUGUAAAACCCCGGGCUGCCUUCAGCCGGAUGAUCUCUGUGAAAAUAUGGCCGAUGAUUAUGAAGCCGCUCAGAUAUUAUUAAAAGAAUAUCCGCAACGUUUCGGAAUAAUCCGUUAUGAGGAAUUGAUGAAGAAUCCCAAUCAGGGCUUAGCAUCGAUUUUUGAUUUCUACGGUAUACCAAGCAAGCCAGUUAAGGAAAUACUGAAGCCAAAUGACGGCAUAUUGGACAUUAAAUUUAAAAGAAAUAUUGAUAUAUCCUUGGAACCGACAUUUCAGUGGCAGCAUUUAUUGUCAGCCAAGGAAAUUAUGAAUAUUCAAGCGACCUGUAAAAGGGCCAUGAGUGCAUGGGGCUAUGAGCUCAUCAAAGAUUUCAAAAUGAAAACACUCAACAAUACCAUUGAUUAAUUGUUUUUAAAUUAAAUGCCAAGAAAAUAUUUUAAGUGUGACCACAUUAAUCGGUAACGUUCAACAAUAAUCGCUAAACACAGGUAUGCAAAGCUGUUCAUUCUGUUUUUGCUGCUCUUGGAAAGCUUGCCAGACGUCGCUUCAACAUUCCCAAUUAAAAAGUCCGUGGGCCAUAAAGAAAAAAAUCAAAUAUAGCGCAUACAAAAUUGCAGCUUGUGCAUCAAAUUUGCAAUGUUAAUUUGCCAAUAAUAAAAUGUGACAAAUCUCUCGCAAAACGA